AUGUCGGACGCUGAAACAUAUCUGGACGAGAAAAUACACUCGAGUGGGUCUGUAUCAGGCUUAGACAAUGUGGAGGGUGAUUUGGGUAGGGAUGAGGUCUACUCGCCUCGAGAACAGAGAAAGAUCCUACACAAGAUCGAUCGAAGGCUAGUCACAGGCUUAGGGCUUCUCAUGUGCGUCAGUUUGGUGGAUCGAACCAACCUGGGAAAUGCUAUGAUUGCUGGCCAAAGCAUGGAGGAGGAGCUUCGUCUCUACAUUGGCUCUCGUUACUCCAUCACGCUUCUCACCUUUUUCAUUCCCUAUGUCCUCUUUCAAUUUCCCUUGAUCACGGUGAUUCGCGAAAUUGGGCCAAAGAUCUUCCUUGCUGGAAUUACAUUCUCCUGGGGAAUAGUUAUGAUGGGAUUUGGAUUUAUACAUAAUUGGACGGUGCUCGUUGGACUUCGCAUUGUGUUGGGGUUUCUUGAAGCCGGACUCUUCCCUGGCUCCGUGUAUCUCCUUUCUAUGUGGUAUACUCGAUACGACCUACACAAGAGAUAUUCAUCCUUCUACUUGAUUAGUGUCAUCGGGGGUGCUUUCUCUGGAAUCCUCUCGUAUGGCUUCGUACACAUGAAUGGCCUUGGGAAUUUGAGCGCAUGGAGGUGGAUCUUUGUUAUGGAAGGCAUCCUCACCUGUCUUGUCGGAGUGGUUGGCUUCUUUUUGAUUGUCAACUUCCCCAACGAGAACAAUCUCUCUUGGAAGUUUCUUUCCAAGGAGGAAACCGCCUUCGUCGUCCGACGACUAAACCGAGAUAGACGGGACUCCUCUGAAGCGGCGUUCAAUUUAAAGGAAUUCCUAAAGCCCGCUCUGGACCCCAAAAUAUGGGGCUUUGCCCUCAUCUUCUUUUCUGCAACAGUUGUAUCCUACGCAAUUACGUUCUUCCUUCCGCUCAUCCUCAGAAGUGAGCUCAAAUUCCCCCAAGCAGCAUCACAAGUCCUCACAACACCACCCUACUUCUUCGCCGGAAUCUUCAUGUAUGUUCAAGGCUGGAUUGGUGACAAGUACCACAUUCGGGCUCCCUUGAUCAUCUACAACUGCGUUCAAUGCAUCGUGGGUUUAGCCAUUCUCGGCUGGGUCCAAAUUCCCGGCGUGCAAUACUUCGGGAUUUUUCUCGUCACAUCAGCAUCCAAUGCUACAAUCCCAGCCACCCUGACAUACCAGGCCAACAAUAUCCGCGGGCAGUGGAAACGCGCCUUUUGCAGUGCGAGUAUUGUCAGCUUUGGUGGCACUGGUGGUGUAGCUGGGUCCUUGGUGUUCCGGUCCCAGGAUUCUCCCCGCUACCUACCGGGUCUUUAUGCCUGUAUUGCUUGGGCAAGGUGCAAUCUCUUGUCCAUAGUGGUAGUAUGUAUACUCAGCCUUUAUUUCUAUAUCUCGAACAGAAGAGCAGCAAGGGGGAAGCUUGUCAUUGAAGGACUUCCCGAGUUCAGAUAUACACUUUGA